UGCCUGGCAUUCGAUUUUUAAAUUUAAAUUUCGUUUUAAAUGUCUGUAAUUUGGUUAAAAAAGCAAAUCGGACGCGGUUUAAAGUUUGUUUUCCUAAAGAACCUAUAAAACGAGGUGGCAGUGAACGUUACGGGCCAGAUAGCAUAGCUAGCCAAUGUUAGCUAACUUAAAUAACGGUUAACAGCCAGUUUAAAGGUAUUUUUAUGUCAAAUUGAAGCCAUUUUGAAUACUUUUUUUAUUUAACUUCGUCGAAUGGAUCUUUGUAAGGACGAAGAACUGCAAAGUGGAUCCCAACAUUUAAAUGCCGGCGAAACUGGGCCUGAUGUGGUUCUCCGGGCCGGCAGCGACCCUCCGGUGACCGAAGACCCGAGAAUACUGCACAACCUGACGGCCUUAGAGAAGAGCUGCCGGGCGGCUCCUUACUUUGGCAGCGUUCAGACAGACAUCCAGCCAUACAUGCGGAAAAUACUGGCAGUGUGGAUGUUUCAGGUGUGUGAGGAGCAGAAAUGUGAGGAGGAGGUGUUUCCCUUGGCGAUGCAUUACUUGGACUGUUACCUGAGCAGUUUCCCCAUUAAAAAGUCCAACCUGCAGCUAUUAGGGACUGUUUGCAUGUUCCUGGCGUCCAAAAUGAGAGAGACUGUCCAUCUGACUGCCAGCAAACUUUGCAUCUACACAGACAACUCAAUUUCAGUCUCAGACAUCCUGCAGUGGGAGGUGGGAGUGGUGUCCAGGUUAGACUGGUGUCUGGCCUCUGUGGUACCCUCUGACUUCCUGGAGCCAGUUCUUCAUGCUCUCCCCUUUGUUCGGCCCCACCACCUUCCUAACAUGCGCAGGCAUGUUCACUCCUACAUCGCUCUGGCAGCCACUGACAGCAGGUUUUCAGUGUUCCUGCCCUCCACUGUUGCUUGUGCCUGUGUGAGUGUUGCUACUCAGAGACUAAAGUUAGUGGAUGCUGCCGUCUCCUCUGAUUCUGUGCUGAAGUUUUUGGCCAACCUUUUGGUCAUUGAUCUGAGCCCUGUCCUCCUCUGCUAUGACCAGCUAAAGAUUGUGUUGGCGCUCAGCCUGCCCUCAUGUCUCCAGGCUAAUGUUUGCAGAUCAGGAGCAAACAGCUCAGAGAUCAGCUACACGCCUGCCGACUUUCAGGAUUCUGUAUUGACACCAGUGAGAUCACCGCAGGAUAUUAGCUUAAAGCACUCCUCCCUGACAUGAAUGGCUGCAAUUAAUUGCAAAUCCACAUCCAUCAAACACACUUAAGAGCCUAAAUACCAGGCAAAAUGGGUCUAAAUGCCAUUUCUGCUAAAUCUAAAUAGUUAUUUUUGCAAACUGAUUGCUCUGAGGAUUCAUCUGCUACACGUAGAGCUAUUACAGUUCGAAAUUUGGUUCAAGUGUACGUCCUGUUGCUGCCAGUUUUUAAGUUUUUUCAGUUGCUAAAGCAGCUUUGAAAGAUGGAACAUGAUUCAUAAUACUGUUGAAGGUUGAUUUGCACUGAAUCGUAAUAGCAACGUUUGCACAUUUUAAAUGUUGUCCGUUAUUCAUUUGUAUUCAGCAUUGACUGAAAUGCAAUAUUAACUUUCUAUCUGGAUAGUUGUAACAAGUUUGUUAUUUAUAAAUGUUUUGAUGCAAUACAGACUUUUCUUUGGGACUACAAAUCAAUACUGUUUGACAUAAAAGACAACAUAAACAUUUGCAUGUAGGUCACUAAAGACAUUAGCCAGCCAUUGAGUUCCUUGUG